AUGAAGCUUUCUCUCUCUUUUGCUCUGGCCGCCUUGGUCGCCGUGUCAUCAGCGCACAAGGUCUCCUUCAAGAAAUACAAGCAACCACACAACCCCCUCCAACGUCGCUCACCCCAAUACUCACCCUCAGAUCUACAAAUCAGCGUCGACUCCGAGGUUUCCGACAAGAACUCGUUCGAUCUCAACUCUGUCCAUGAUCUAAUUUACAUUGCCAACAUUACUGUUGGCGGCAUUGAUUAUCCCGUUCAACUCGACACUGGCUCCUCUGAUUUAUUCAUCAAGGGCGACACCCACCCUCUCCCCAAUGUCGCGUCUACAGUCAGUCCGCCCCAUAUGCUUGCUCUGCGGUGUAUUGAUCCUGCUGAAACAGUCCCUUACCUUGAACCUUACCGUGAGUAUUCCAAAUGCUAUGUUGGCCAGAACGCGACUGGAACUAUGAUGCAUCAGUAUGCGAUUGGUUGGGCGUACGGAAACAUCGCCCAUGCGCCAGUGGAAUUUGUUGGCAUUGCCGUCCCUUCACAAGCUCUAAUCGAUGCAACCUCGGUCAGGAACCCCGCUCUCACCUUCGGGGCACAAGGGAUAGCAGGAUUGGGCUUCACCAGAAUGUCGCACAUCGAUAUGACGCUCAACGACACUCAAUCCUCAGCCGGCCGCACCCUCCUAUUCAACCUGUUCGAGGCCAAUCCCUCCGAACCCAACUUCAUUGCAUUCGCAUUACAGCGAGGAGCCGAUCCAGAUGACGAGGUUGACGGUACCUUCUCCAUUGGCGAGAUCGAGCCUCAAUACUCCGCUGUCAUGGGUAACGCCAAGAUAUCUACAUGGCCUAUCAAUUCGCCUUACAGGUGGAAUGUGCUCCUGGAUGCUCUCAUCGUCAACGACACAAUCACCGUACCCACAACACAGGUUGUAGGAGCGCCAAGCAACAAGGCGGUCGUUCUGAUGGACAGUGGGUCCUCCUAUUCAUAUGCGCCGAAGUCCAUUGUGGAUGCUAUCUAUAGUGGUGUUGACGGUGCUACAUAUGAUCCCGCCGCUGGAUAUUGGAAAGUCCCUUGCUUCGCUGAAGUCAACAUGGCACUGCAAAUAGGUGGGCAAGUCUUCCCUGUCCACCCUUUGGAUGUCAACCCCACUUUGGCUGCCGACCCAACAACGUGCAUUGGAUCAUUUAUCCCUCAGGCGCUAUCCAUUGGAAAUGACUUCGAUUGGCUCAUUGGAGACAACUUCUUGCGGUCUGUAUAUUCCCUCUAUGACUUCGGCGAUUUUGAGGACGAUGGAAGUAUGGGUAAUCCAUACAUGAAGCUCCUGUCAAUCAUCGAUGCCGACGAAGCGUCUGUCGCCUUCCACGAACUUCGCGGCGGUACACCCAGGACGAACAUCACUUUCACAGGCCUUGACGGCAUCCACGUUGCUCCCUCCUUCUCCAUCUCCACCGACAUCUCUGAAUCCCUCGAAUUGAUUGGCAAGUUCGUCCCAGCUAUGUUGGCCAUCGUGGCCCUCAACGCCCUCAUCUUGAUUGUGUGCUGCAUUGUCUGGCUUGUGUCGUUCUUGCGCAAACGCCGAAACCGUGCAUUUGCCCGCACGCCUCGCGCUCGCAUGAGUCCUAUGCCCAUGAACGCCAGACACAGCUACAUCGCAGGCUCUGAGCCCGAGCGUUCACCCAUUACACCCCAUGUCUACGAGCCUGUCUCCAUGGCUCUGACCGAAGACACUUUCGUGCCUCCGUCACCUGCCUUCCUCCGAUUCGACAAGGAUGGAAGCAAGCUUUCUCCGGGCGAUAGGCCGAAAUCCGUCGCGUAG